GGGCGGGUUCGUGUCUAUGGUAACGGAAGCGGAGGUCACCUGAUCGAGGCCAUGUUCAACAUCAAACUGGUUGUCGUGGGACCCAGAGAGGGUGGAAAAACUGUUCUGGCAAAUUUUCUGUCUGAUGCAACUGAAGCCAUUGGUGGUGAUUACAGCCCAACGCAAGGUGUCAGGAUCCUAGAAUAUGAAUGUCCGAAUGUGAAUGCCAAUGGGAAAAGUAUUGGGUGUGAAGUGGAACUCUGGGACUGCUCUGGUGAUCAGAAGUUUGAAAAUUGCUGGCCAGCUUUAAUGAAGGAUUCCAAUGGAGUUGUCAUUGUGUUUAAUGUUGAUGUGCCCAGCCAGCUGAAGGAAAUUGAGACGUUCUAUUCUUCCUUUGUACAACAGCAGCGGUUGCAUGACUCUCAGUGUCUUCUAGUUGCUCACCACAAGCCAAACUCAGCAGCUGGCAGAGGGCGGCCUAACUUGGCCCAGCAACUGAACAAAUUGACUUUGAUCCAUUCAAACCUAGAGGAUGAUCCAGAACAAGUGCGCACAGCUUUCCGACAGUUCCUGGGGGCAGUCAUCAGUUCUCUGUCUGAGAGCAGAGACAAAGAAGAGAUGUCAAUCAUCACCUGAGGGAACCACUCAGAUCUCUUCACUGUCUGUAAAUUAUAAGGGAUUGUCAAUUCUUUGAUUGGAGCAGAGACAAUGAGACUCCCAAAUCACAUUCACUGGCAUUUUUCAGUCACUGAGUCUUCCUUUUCUCAUUGAGAAUAAUUUGAAUUCUGCUUCCCAUUCGAGAAUGCAGACGAACUCAUCAGGUCGGUGUCCAACCCAGUCUGCGCACACUCUGAUCCUAAAGGACAGAAAAGUGCUUCUAAAAAUUCACAUAAAAGAAAUCUUUUAGCAGCAAAAUCAGUCAGCAACAAACUGGCAAUUUACUUAGGGGAUAUCUGCUUACACCUGAUCAAUGGUUUUGUAUACCAGAAAAUGUAUAUGUUAUCCAUUAUAUUCUGUGAUUCCAAAUAACUUAAAAUAAGGAAAUAACUUAUUCAGGUUGAAAUUUCUCAAAGUUGGUUGGUGAUUAAACAGCAUAUUUGAAGUGAGAUGUGUUGUACUUAUUCCAGAAUAAAUUGAUCAGUAGCAGCAUGUCAUGUUUGGUUCAGCUGGUUAUAUUACAGGUGAUUCUUUCCAAACCAAUGCGUGUUUGCCUUUCAUAAGUAGUUGCAAUAUUUCCUUUUAAAGAUAAAAUUUUUUAAUUGGCAAUUAAAGUAAGGCACAUGCAUAGAUACCCAAACUAAACUCGAUCUGUUUGUGUAUAACUCUUAAUUGCAUCGAACAACCAAAGUCUAAUUUCCCUUAUACCUUAAUUGACUGACCUGGUGUAUUAAAAAUAUAUUUUCUAAACCUUGUCUAUUUCUCCUGUGCAAUGAUCAACAUGAAGUUUUUAACUUUAGUCAGAUGCCUUGCCUAGUUAAAAAGUGGAGAACGUAAAGCUGUGACAAGUUCUUAAACAUGAUCUGUUUUUUCCAUGUAUUUGCCAUUAGCACCUCACACCCAGUACAGGCACAAACAGACAUUGAGUCAAUGAAAAUUUGAUUGUUAUAUGUUUGCUUUCAUGCUUGUGGUAUUUUUUUCAUUCAUCAUUGAUUUAAAAAAAAUGAAAUACAGCAGUGGGACCAGAGUAUUCAGACCUUUGUUCUUUGUAUAAAAUUAUUUGAUAUUCAUUAUGUGAAAAUGUUCUUCAGUGCAGCAUGUGAUUUCUGAUCAGACGCAGAGCUCCUUGUUAAAUUUUAUUUGCACCACAUUUUAGUCACUUCCUCAGAAAUUGCCCUGAGGUGGUGGUGCUGGACCUUCUAUUACAGUCUGUGUGGCAAUAGUGAGUGGAAAUGUCAUCUGGUUCCAUUCGAUCUAUCCAGUCAUAAAUAAGAGCCUGCAAUGGCCUUCCCUUCCCUUCCGACUCCUGCACUAUUAUUUCAGGAAUCUGCUAAGCAUUUAUACUUUAUUUGAAACCAGCUCUAACUCAUCCCUAACUCCCUUGAACCCUCCGCCACCUCUGAUUUGUCUGACAUCCAGGACUGGGUGAACAGAGAUCAUUCAGCCUGUUGUCUCUACUGGCCCUCUGAAGGAAUAAUUCACCAAGUGCAACUCUCCUGCUUUCAACCUGUAGCCCUGCAAAUUUUUCCAUUACACAUAUGAGCCAAUUCCCUUUUGAAUGCCUUGAUUGAACCUGCCUCUCAGGCAGUGCAUUCAGUUAACUCUCACUGCAUAAAAGAUUUUCCUCGUGUCUUCACUGCCUCUUUUGCCAAUUACCUUAAAUCUCAUUCUCGAUCCUUUCAUGAGUUUCUUCCUAACCACUCUGCAGAGCGCUGAUGAUUUUAAACACCCCUAUCAAAUCUUCUCUCAACAUUCUCUGAGGAAAACGGUCCAAACUUCUUCAAUUUUUCUAAGUAACUACAUUUUCUCAUCCCUGGAACCAUUCUCAUGAAUCUUUUCUGAACCUUCUCUAAAGCCUUCACACCUUCCCAAAGUGAGGUACCCAGAACUUGAACACAAUGUUUCAGCUGAGGCUGAGCCAUUUAUACAGGUUUAACAUAACGUCCUUGCUUUUGUACUCUAUGCCCCUAUUAAUAAAGCCCAGGACAAUGUAUGCUUUAUUAACCGUGCUCUCAACCUGUAUUGCCACCCUCAAAUGAUUUAUGCACAUAAACAUGUGUACUCUUGCACCCCC